AUUAAUUGAUGAAAACCGGAUUAAAUUGAAAUAAUAAUGAAAUAUUGAUGAAGCUGAGAAAAAAACAACAACGGUUUGCAUGAAAAUAAACAUUAACGCAUAUAAAUAGUUGCUACAGUGUUUUAUUCUGAAAACUGUUGUUUACAAGUUGUUUUACAGUGGAAUAAUAGUUGUUUGGGAUCUACAAACUAGAAAAUAUGAAUCUAUUGUUAUUAAUUACUGAUUGCUUUUAAAAUAGUUGUUUGAUAGUUGAUUUAACCUAUAUAAAUAGUCGGCCAGCUGAAAGUGUUAGAUGCAUAAGUUAUUGCUGGAAAGAGUUGUUUAUUGGUUGUUUUGACAGAUUAAAAUAGUUGUUUGCAACUACAAAAACUGAACCAAGUAAAUAAUUUACAUUAUUUCAGGAAACAGAACCAUUACAAAUAUUGGUGCAGAGCAAUGGGCAUUGGGAUGACAACAAAAACUAUGUUGAUUAUGAAUCAAGUGGAGAAUUAAUUUCGACCAAGUGCACUUUUGAGGAACUAAUGAGAAUAAUGAUGGAAGAACUCCAAUGCAACCAUGAAUCAACACAACUACAACUGAAAUAUCAACUGAAGGAAGGAGGCCAACCACUACAAAUCAAGGAUGACAAAAGUCUGUUGUUCUACAUAAAGCUAUUAACGAAGGAGGUUGAUUUCACAAGGUACCCAUUGUGUGUGAACAAAACCAGUAACACGGCACCACCUAACCAAACAAUGGUGUGGAACAAUAUGAUCAUGGAAUCGUAUGAGAACAACGCAGCACAGGAAGACUUGCAGCAACCUGGAAACAACACGGCAACAACUUCCAAGCAACAACUAUCUGCGCAGACGAUGGGAUCUGGUGAAGUUGAUACAUUUUUCCUAGAAACAGGAACAGUGUCAUCAGAAUCAACCAUACAACAACCAGAAAACAACAGAGAAAAAACUACAGCAGUAGAUGAAGAUUUCGACUUCACCGACUAUGCAAAGCUUGUGGCUGCAGAAAUGGUACAGCAACUCGAAAACAACCAGGAAGAAGAAGAGGAAGUGGACAACACAGAAAUGAUUAUCAUCAAUGACAAACGACAUGAAACAAUAGAGAAGGGGCAAAUUUACAAGGACAAAGAAACAUUGAUAAGUACACUAUGCUACUUUGCAAUCAAGAAGACAUUUCAAUACAAAGUAGUGAAAUCUUGCACAAAAGAAUACAACAUAGUGUGUUUGGACACAAACUGCAAAUGGAGUUUAAAGGCUACAAAAAAUGGAAACACAGAAACAUUCAUAAUAAGGAGCUACGAAGAAGAACACACAUGUGCAGUUACAAUAAGAUUUGGAGAUCAACGACAAGCUACAUCAAAGUUGAUAGCAGAUUUUGUAAAACCAAAAUUCUUGAACCUGAAAACAAAGUGCAGCCCUGCAGACAUAAAGACAGAAAUGAAAGACAAAUACGGAAUAAAGAUGAAUUACAUGAAAGCAUGGCGUAGUAAAGAGCGAGCACAAACCCAGCUACAUGGAAAUGCUAAAGAGUCGUACAAUCUCUUGCCAAGAUACCUGUACAUGCUACAGAAAACAAAUCCAGGAACAUUAAUAGACAUAGAGAAAGAUGAUGAUGACAGUUUCAAAUAUGCAUUUGUUGCAUUGAAUGCUGCUAUAAAAGGUUGGCCAAACUGCAAACCAAUCAUCGUGGUAGACGGUACAUUCCUAAAGGCCGCGUAUGGAGGCACGUUGCUCACUGCCAACACACAAGAUGCAGAAUCGAAAAUUUUUCCACUAGCAUACUGCAUAGUUGAUUCUGAGAACGAUAAAUCGUGGGAGUGGUUCUUAAAAAAAAAUAAAAGAAGCAUUCGGGGUUCGAGAAUGUCAAUGCCUAAUAUCAGACAGACAUGAAAGCAUCAUCAAAGCAACUAGGAAAGUGUUCCCUGAAAUAACACAUGGCUACUGCAUCUUCCACCUCUUGUCGAACCUCAAAACAAAAUUCAAAAAAAAUGCAAAGCAUUUCAGAGUGCCAUUCUUUGCAGCUGCAAAAGCUUACACAGAAAUGGAGUUUGAAUUCCAUAUGAGGGAGCUAGACAACUUGGAUAAGCGCAUAAGACCGUACCUGGAAAAAAUUGGCCAUGAAAAAUGGUCAAGGUAUCAUUCAGAAAACAACAGGUACUCUACCAUGACAUCAAACAUAGCUGAGGCACUGAACUCAGCAAAUUUAGCAGCAAGGGAAACACCAGUCACAACAUUAAUGGAGUGCUUGAGGGCACAAAUGCAAGAGUGGACAUACAAUAAUAGAAAGGAGGCACAAAAAUGCACAACAAGGCUGACACCAUCAUCUGAGAAAAAACUCAUAGGGAACUAUGUACAGUCAUUGCGACUAACAGUAAGUUGAGAUUAUCGUUCGCAUAAAGUAAAAUGAAAACAGUUGUUUUUGCAUAGUUUUUUGGUUGUUUUAAAGUUGGUUUAAAACAUGCAGGUGAAACCAGCAAACCAAAACCUGUUUGAGGUGAUAGAUGAAGACAGAACAAGAAUAGUAAACUUGAAGGAGAAGACGUGCACAUGCAAUAGAUUUCAAAAA